AUGUUCCCGGAAAUCUGCGACGGCGCUACACCGGGUCACGAUUCGGAGCCUUCUGAAACCUCCGAAACAGUGCAAACCCUAGUGACUGUGAAGAGCGAGGUGGAUGGUGAUGUCAGUGACAAAGUUCAAACCCUAGAGACUGUGACAGACGAUUUGGACAGUGAUGUCACUGGUAAAGUUUCAGAUGAUGCUGCAGAACAAGUUGUGGGAGUUUCUGAUUUGAUUGAGGAGAGUGGUGUGUCAAAUGAAACUGAAGAACAUUCCCCAUUUCAAGGGGAGACCCUUCCAAUUCUGCAGAAGAUCAUUGAUUUGAGUGCCAAAAUUAAGGACUUGAAAAAAGAUCAUACUGUAUUGUCUGAUGAAGUCAAGCAAACGACGAGUUCUUUUCCAGACCCUGAAGUUUUGAAAACUCUUCAGAUGCUAAGUACUGAACAUGAACUUCUGAAGAAGAAGUACCUUGCUGAGUCCUCUGAACGGAAGCGACUAUACAAUGAAGUGAUUGAGCUUAAAGGCAAUAUCAGGGUUUUCUGCAGAUGUAGACCUUUGAACCAAAAUGAAAUUUCAAAUGGAUAUAAUUCCGUUAUUGAGUUCGACUCCUCCUUAGAUAAUGAGCUGCAGGUCCUUUCCUCUGAUUCUUCAAAAAAGCAGUUCAAGUUUGACCAUGUGUUCAGACCCAAGGAUGACCAAGAGGCUGUUUUCGCUCAAACUAAACCUAUUGUCACCUCAGUGUUGGAUGGGUUUAAUGUGUGCAUAUUUGCCUAUGGACAAACUGGAACUGGUAAGACCUUUACAAUGGAGGGAACUCCUGAAAAUAGGGGUGUCAACUACAGAACUCUAGAGGAGUUGUUUCGGCUUUCAGAAGACAGAUGUGGUUCCAUGCGAUAUGACUUAUCAGUUAGCAUGCUUGAAGUUUAUAAUGAGAAGAUAAGGGACCUUUUGGUAGAUAACACCCACCAACCCACGAAGAAGUUGGAAAUCAAGCAAGCUGCAGACGGAACCCUAGAUGUGCCAGGACUUGUUGAACCUCACGUGAAUGGGUUUGAGGAGAUGUGGGAAUUUCUGAAGUCUGGAAGCCGCUCCAGAUCUGUUGGAUCAACCAGUGCUAAUGAGCUGAGCAGCCGGUCUCACUGCUUGUUGAGAGUGACUGUUAAGGGGGAGAACUUGAUAAGUGGGCACAGGACUCGGAGUCAACUGUGGCUAGUAGACUUGGCUGGUAGUGAGCGUGUGGGGAGGAUUGAGGUUGAAGGGGAAAGACUGAAGGAAUCUCAGUUUAUAAAUAAAUCUCUCUCGGCCCUUGGAGAUGUAAUCUCAUCCCUUGCUUCCAAAACAGCCCAUAUUCCUUACAGGAAUUCAAAGCUCACUCAUAUGCUGCAGAGCUCUCUAGGAGGAGAUUGCAAAACAUUGAUGUUUGUCCAGAUCAGCCCAAGUUCCGCAGAUUUAGGAGAAACACUAUGUUCUUUGAAUUUUGCCAGCCGAGUCCGAGGAGUUGAGAGUGGCCCAAUUCGCAAACAAGCAGACCUCACAGAGCUGCUCAAGUACAAGCAAUUGGCAGAAAAAGCUAAACAUGACGAGAAGGAGACAAAGAAACUACAGGAUGGUUUAUCGGCUGCGCAGUUAAGGCUAGCUGCAAGAGAACACAUGUGCAGAAAUCUUCAAGAAAAGGUCCGAGACCUUGAGAACCAAUUGGCAGAGGAAAGGAAGACUAGACUGAAACAGGAAAGUAGAGCUUUGGCUACUUCAUCAUCAACAUCAUCCUGGAAACAAGGAGCACAGAAGGCUGUUGCAGAGAAGAAGCCACCAUUGGCUCCCAACAAAUCAAGGCUUCCCCUGAGAAGAAUUGGCAAUUUAUUGCCCCAGCCAUCUGCUUUUCCUCCCAAAAAGGACAGCUACUCGACUUCUGCUGUUCCACCUCCAAUGGAUGGCAAAGAAAACGUCUCAACAACAUCAGGGGCCACAAGAAACACCGGCCGCCUUAUUUUACCAAAACGUAUGUCCAUUGCUGUGAGGCCUCCUCCAACAACAACCACCACAACAGCACAGCAGGUUCGUAAGCCUAAGAGACAUUCCAUUGCUACUCUUCCUAACUUUAGGCCCGAGCCAAACUCUUACAUGGCUACUCCCCUCAACAACAACACCUCUGCCUCUCGGUUCAAUAAUGGGAGGCCCUCAUUUCUGCCGCGAAAGAGAUAUUCAAGAUUGUUCUCUCCAAUGCCUGAUUUUAAGUCAGCAGCAGAGACAACCCCUACUGCCAUGAGGAGCAGUAGUAAGUUCAUGUGCAGCCCCCCAGCACAGCAGGCUAGUUCAUUCAAAUCAAGGCUUCCCACAGCCAUUGCAUUGCAGCGAAAACCAGUAAUUUGGAGUCCGCUAAAGUUCUUGAAGAACAGGAGGCCGUCACUGGCUCUGCCCUCUAGAGUGGAGAUGUAGUGAAUAAAGUUGUUUGCUGUCACAUUGUCUAUAUUGUCGAAAACCUUGAAACAGUAAUCCUUUUCUUUUCUGGAUCUUCUGGUUACCUUAUAAUUUUUGUGAUAGUACUCGAAAAUGUAUGCUUCUUGCCUACCAUUGAUUGAUUCAAUAUGGAAAUCCUUCAUUGUUUU